UAAAAGAGUAGGCUCCUGUUUCGCAACCUCGCUCCAUCGCCAGCCCAACUACUCCUCCUCCACUCGUUAUCUGCCGCAACGAUGUGAAGAGCUGUUAGCUCUUCAGCCUUACACACGUCUCCAGCGUUGAAGUCGACAGCAGGAGCCUCGACUCCUCCACUCAUGAGUCAUGUCAGCGUUCACGCCAGAACAACUGGCGUAUAUGGAAGCGCAUAGGGACGAUUCCAGAGUUGCGGAAAUCCACUGGGUGUAUAGUGUACCCAUUGCGGCGUCGAUUAUCAGCACAGCCUUGCGGUUAUGGGCGAAGCGUGCGGGGAGAAAUGGCAUCACGCUGGAUGAUUACUUGAUCGUCUUCGCAACAAUAUGUCUUAUUGGAGAAUGUGCAAGCGGCUUGGGCUACGGCCCACCCCAUGGUAUGGGAAGACACGUCAUCGCCGUCGACCCGGAGGACUUGAAGAUGGUCAGACUAGGUGACUACGUCUUCAGCCACUUCUACGACUUUGCACUCGUGUUCGUCAAACUCGGCAUCCUCACAUUCUACUACCGCGUCUUCGUCGUACCACUCUUCCGGAAAUGCGUCCUGGCCGUUAUUGCCUUCGUCAUCGCCUGGGGAAUCGGCAUUACCGUCACCCUGGCCCUCGUGUGCCAACCCAUCCAGGCAUUUUGGGACAGCAAUGUCAAGGGCAAAUGUCUGCACUUGGUCGAGUUCACCUACUUCACCAAUAUUUCGAAUCUCAUCACCGAUCUCAUCAUCUUCGUCAUGCCGUGGCCGGUCAUUUGGCACCUGCAACUCCAGAGAAAGAAGAAGCUCCUGCUGGGUCUAAUCUUCUCGGCCGGACUAGCAACAUGCGUCGUAUCCGCCAUCCGUCUCACCGUCGUCUUCGGCCACGGAGAUCCAGAUUUCACAUGGUACUACGUCCCGCUCGGCGCGUACUCGGCCUUCGAGCCCCUCGGCGGCAUCCUCUGCACAAACCUACCCAUUAUCUGGCACAUGUGGAGGAAGCGGAGACCUCUCCUCCCCGGUUCAUCCAUCUUCAAAUCACACCCGUCGUCGACGGCGACACCGGGGUCCGGGGAAUCACGACGGAGCCGCAUCGCGCGGUCGCUGGGCCUCAGCGCUUACGACCAUUCUGGCACCGACAGCCAGGCGCGGACGAUUCUGGGUAACGAGGAUGGGACGGCGUCGGCGGCUUUUGGGACGGAGAUCAUGAAGGAGAAUACGAGCGUGACUGCAACGCCGAGAUCGCCGCAAUACUGGACGAGGGUGGAAAGAAGACCGGGAGAGGCAGGCGGCUCGAGUAGUGAAGACGCCCGGGGCGCUGGAGAGGAGGCGGGUGAAGGACCGCCGAAGCCUCUGGCCUCAGGGAAGGCGGUGGGUGCGCCGAGAAGUGGGCAGGGUGUUAAGAAGACUGUCUGGGAGGUGAGGAGGAAAUAGAGCAGGCCACGUUCAACCGCUGGACUCCCCCACGGUUCGACUCCUCCUUUCGCGACCGACGUGUCAGUAUGCUCUCGUCCUGGACGAGUUGGAGCGCGAGAGGCCCCUCUAC